AAUACAAGGGGCUCCACUAUUCGUACCUUCCAAAGUUUGCACGCCAAUCUUCACAAUAUUAUUAUUAUUAUUAUUAUUAUUAUUAUUAUUAUAUUUCAUCUUCCACAAAUUCACCGUCCCGGCGCCGAUCACCGUCGAACAACACCCCGGCAUAUUAAAUAUCAGACUACUGUGGAAAAUGAGUGAAACUGGUAAAUGACUAAAUGAUGAUUAUGCAAUCCACUUGCGAAUUCACAAUCGCUUCAGCUGUACCGCGUCAUGAGUAAUAUGAAGCAAAAAGAACAACCCAAAGUUCCUUUCCAAAUGGACACGGAGGUUGAUAGAAUCAGCAACUUACCAGGACAUAUCAUAGACAAAGUUUUGUCCCUUUUAACACUAAGGGAUGCCGUAAGAACAUGCAUAUUGUCAAGUAAGUGGAGAUACAAAUGGGUCAACCUUACAAGUCUUGUGUUCGAUAAUCAAUCUGUUCUUGUAUCAUCUCAAGAUCCAACGAUAAUAAAAAAUAAAAUGGUUAAAAUCGUUGAUCAUGUCCUCUUACUGCAUAAUGGUCCAAUACACAAAUUCAAACUUUCUCACAGAGAUCUUCAAGGUGUUUGUGACAUUGAUCGAUGGAUUCUUUUCCUUUCACGAGGUUCGGUCAAAGAAUUUAUACUUGAAAUCUGGAAAGGUCAACGCUACAAGCUACCUUCUUCGUUAUACUUGUGUGACAAGCUAUCUCAUCUUGAGUUAUUCAACUGUUUGUUAAAACCUCCGUUAGCAUUCAAUGGUUUUAAGAUCUUAACCAGCCUUGAUCUUCAGCACAUUACAAUGGACCAAGAUGUUUUUGAGGAUUUGAUAUAUAAAUGCCCAUUACUCGAGAGGUUGACGUUGAUGAACUUUGAGGGAUUUGCUCAUCUCAAGAUUCAUGCUCCGAAACUUACUUUCUUCGACAUUGGAGGCGUCUUUGAAGAUGUUAAUUUUGAGAAUACGUUCCUUCUCUCUACUGUUUCCAUUGGUCUGUAUGUCAAUAUUGGCAAUGACCAUGAGUUGACUCUUGGAACUACAAGCAAGUUGAUCAAGUUUUUUGCUUCUCUGCCCAGUAUUCAAAGACUCGAGGUUCAAAGCUUCUUUUUGAAGUUUUUGGCAGCUGAUAUGGUGCCAAGGAGGUUGCCAAGCGCAUGUAUGGACCUGAAUUAUCUGUCACUGCGUAUAAAUUUUAAUGACAUGGACGAGUGUCUAGCGGCUCUUUGCAUUCUUCGGAGUUCACCCUGCCUUUUGGAACUCGAGUUAUUGGCCCGGCCAGACGAACAGCAAUCAUCGAAAGUGGCUGCAAAGAAUUUACUAGAAGAAGACUAUCAAAACUGCUUCUUUACCCAGUUACGAUUUGUAAAAAUUGCUGGCAUUUUCGGGGUUCCAAGAGAGCUCAACUUUAUCAACUUCUUGCUUGCAAAUUCACCGAUGCUGGAGAGGAUGACUGUGAAGCCUGCUUCUCAAGAUGGUGGGUAUGAGCUGCUCAAAGAACUACUACGCUUCAGGCGAGCUUCUGUUCAUGCUGAAAUCAUUUACCUUGACCCCUAACUCACCAAUCAUGUAUGUGUCUGGAAAACAUGAGUGUGAUUUGUUGUUUUUGAUUUCAUCUGUUCUCUGUGUGUUUGAUCGCUGGCAAAAUCAGGUUUUUUAAAGGGUGUUUUUAUUAUUACUAUUACUAUUAGAGAAAAAUGCCCGGAUAGUCCCCGUGGUUUGCUUCAUUUUCA